AUGACGAAGCCGAUUGUUAUUAUCUUGAUUUCUUGUGUUGCACUAUUAAGUCUCUUCACUCCCACUCAAGGUCAAAUCAAAUGGUGCCCUGAGCAGGCCACAUUUCCAGGGGCGUGUGGAAACAACGGCAGGCAGCAAUGCUUACUCGAUUUUUUAUCAAACUAUGGUGCAAGUAGCAUGCCGAAGAAUUGUGUGUGCAAGGAUUCAGGAUCUCAACGAUCCUGCUCAUGUGACGUUGUUUGUCAGGAAGAGGAUGCAGGGAAGAGGUAG